GCGGGCGCGGCGGGGGCAGAGCCCCGGCGGCACAGCCGAUCCGCAGCCUCAGGCGCCCCGCCCGCAGAGCCGGGGAGCCCGGUCCGGCCCGCGGCCCUCGGUCGCACCAGAAGCGUGCCCGUAAACAAUCAGCAUCACCAUUCUGAGCACCUCAGAAAACUUCCGCACUGCUUUGCUUCUGUACUUACCUACAUGAAGACUCAGCAAAGGAUAUGGAAAUCAAAGAACAGAGGAAAGUGUAAAGAGAAGCCUUGCCAGCUAUGGAUGGAUACUUUAAAAUGCUCUUGCACAGAAGCAAGGAGUAAGCUUUACAGUUGCUCAGCAGUAUGGAUCUGCAGCAUGAUUCCUGGAAGCAGUCAAUGUGUCAGGAAAAAAACAACAUAGCAGCAACCAAGACUGAAGGAUGUGUAGGGCGAUGGCAGAGUGGGAGUCCGCCGAAAUGUCCUCCUUCAGUCUGAGCGGCGUGAGAGACCGGAUGCGGGAGAAGAAAAAGGGUGCCUUGAGGACUGCGAAGCUGAACGCCUCGCUUGCAUCAAAAAUUAAAACGAAGAUCAUCAACAACUCCUCCAUUAUGAAAGUCUCCCUAAAGCAGAACAAUAAAGCAUUGGCUCUGGCCCUCAAUGCAGAAAAAGCCAAUGCACAGCGGCUCACCCAGGAGAAGACCAUCUUACAGAAGGAGGUGAAGCAGUGCCACUUCCAGAAUGCUGUGCUGAGGCACAGGCUCUCCUUCCUGAAUAAUACUUUGAAAAAAAUGGACAAUCUUAUGGCUGCAGUUAGGAUGGCUGAGCUGUCUGAGUUCCAUACAAAUUCUGCAUCCUUGUCCAGUGGCCGGAAGAGCAGCAUGACUGAAGAUAGCUGGGCUGAUGAUAUUGCAGAUGGUCAGCUUCUGAGGAUACCCAUGAGAGUGCCCAUUUCCAAGCUACAUGAUGCAGAGCAGCAAGCUGGCAGCUCCACAGCAGUACAAACAUCCUCAGGAGAACUUCAGAGACCUGCUUCUAACGCAGGAGAACUUCAGAGACUUGCUUCUAAUGAGCCCCUAAAAAUUGUGCCUAUUGCCUCCAAAGAUACUUUGCUACCACAGCACGAUGGGAAGCUUCAGUUCCACCAGGAAGAGAAUAGCAAGAAGGUGACUGAUACAUUGGCAACAGAGGAGGCUUUCCAUGACUCACACAUCUUCAGAGAGGUCUUGUGCACCACUGAACAAAAUCCCAACAAUUUGCCAGCACUUGCCUGGGAAAGUCAUCCUCUUUCAUAUGAGGCUGAUGAGAUGGCAAAACAUUUCUUUCGUCUCUCACAAGGGCACGUUACUCAGAGGCGAAAGUGUUCCACCUCAUUUGCUACAAGCACACCAUCUUCUGCUCUGGAUAUGUUCCCACGUGUCAGUUCCACUCAGGCAGCUUGGGGUACUACUGCACAGGACAACAGCAGCUCCAGCAAGAACAACACACAGCAACAGCUGAGAUCUCCCAGCCCCCUGGCUUCACCUGCUCAAACUGCUGUUAUUUCUCAUAGAAACUCUGUGGGUAAAGAGACCUUUUGUGAGCAGCCACAGACAAAAGAAAUGGGGUGUGGUGUUGAAAUGGACCCAAGCUAUAGCCAAGUCCCUGAGUUUGUUCCUGUAAAGGUUAAAAGCAAAGGUAACUGUAAAACUGGAGAGAAAAAGACUGUUAAAAAAGCAAGAACAGGAAAAGAGAAAACAACUGCAAUUAAAAACAAUGCAGAAAGUAAUACUGGUAGACCUCAAGGUGAAGAGUGUGCUCAAAAUGCAAAGAAGCUUCUUCAACCAAAAGUUGCAACAUGUUCUAGUGAGGCUGAAGUCUGUGAGAAGGGGCAGAGGACACAUGAGGGGGCUUUUGACAGGAAGAAUAGAGACUGUGGUGUGGAGCACCAUUCCCACUCUCCUGCUGGAGUCCAAGACUUUGGAAGUACAUAUGAGGUGAAUCCAGCACAGCUGCAGAGUCUUGAAAGUGUUGACUUGAUGCAAAAGGUUAAGAAGGUACCUAUGUUUGAGAUACAAAGUAUGGAGAGCUUGCUAAAAUCCCCAGUUUGUACCUUCUCAAGUCAUGAUGUUCCCUCAGAUGAUUCCAGUCUACAAAAUCCUACAAAAUUUUCAAGUGAGAGCAGAAAAAGCAUCAGGCAGAAGGCUAACAGAAAAACUAGAGUAAUUCGGCAAAGAGAGGAUUCUGAUGAGGAAUAUGUGCCAAGCCAUGUGAUAAUACCAGAGGCCAAAGCUGAAGACCAGCCUGAAAGAAGCUUAAGAAGCAGGAAGAAUGCUGUCAGGAAAAGCAAUUGUGAUCAGAGAAAUGAAGUUAACGGUUUUAGGCCCUGGAUAGAUGUUCAAGAAGUAGCUAAUGACAGCACAAAGGAUUUGCCAGGUAAUCUUAAGCAGCGCAGGGAAACUUACAUUGUCCAUCCUUUGGAUCUUGCAGGAAACUCGGGUUGUUUCCAGACAGAAUUUGAGGGUGGUGAAAAUGUACCUCCCAGGUCUGUUCCUGGGAGCAAAGGGAGCAAAAUCCCCAGAGCUGCUAAGAGCAAUCAAAAGAGCACUAUAAAACAGAUAGGGGGCCUUCAAGAAAAGGGGCAAGGUGAAGUUGACAACAACAUGAAUGCUUUGAAAAAAGAAGCCUCUUGCAAACCCAAGGCUCAGAGGAAGAGGAGCAACUCUCGACCUCCAGAUUCUGAUUCCCUGGCUGGAAAAAGUGAUGGUGCUAAGGUUCUCAUUGGAAGUUCCACAGAACUUGCAUCCAAACAAACUGUCCUGAUGGGGAAGUUUUCCUGCAUUACACAUCUGCUGUCUGAGCCAGAUACUUUCCUGGAGGAGCAGCUACCUGAGAUAUCACUUGCAGAUAGUCUUACAGACUUUUCACACAGUCUUGAGGCCUCCCAUGUGAGCAGUUCUGGAGUUUUGCCUGUCAGCUCUAGACUUACAGAAGUAUCAGUUUCCAAGAGCUUAAGUACUGAGGGCAAGAGAAUGUCAGCAAAAUCCCCUGUUUGCUUGAAAAACUCCCUGAUAGUAAAAAAAAAGACUGCAGAGGAAAUACCUGGGGAAAGGAACCAAGUCCAGUCAAGUUCUUGGAGCACACCUUCAAAGGAACCUGAUAUCAGGCCACUACAGGACUUGAAAAAUGCCUGUGUUCUGUCUCCCUCUGGCUUGGAGGAAUCAUCAGGACGUCCAUCAAGGCGGAAACGGAAGCCAACCUGCUACAAAGAGCCACUGAUCAAUAGGAAACUGAGACAGGGUGACCCAUUUACAGACACUGAGUUCCUCCACUCUCCUAUCUACAAAAGAAAAAGAAAGCCUGUCAAAGCCAAGGGAAUGACCAAGAAGAUGAAAGAGAACCAAGAAGGAACACCUGAAGAAUGUCUCGGUGCCAAGGCAAUGAAGUUCAUAACAACAGAAAGGAUAGUGGUUGAAAGGCAGCCCCCAAACUCUUAGAAGCUUGUCCCUUUAGCCACAAGGCUACAACUUUGAACGCAGUGGCCUGAGCAAAGAUGGAGGUGGCUGACCAGGCAGCUGAACUUUUCCAACUAAGGCAACCCAAGGACCAAUUUGACAAUUUGAGCCUUGUACCGUGGAUUUCUUCUGGUUUUAAUUCUUUGGGACUCAUGGGGUGGAGAAAGUGGUUGAGACAAAUUGAUGGAGGUCUGUUUUAAUGAUUGGCAUGGCCCUUAAGCGCUCUAUGAUUAGCCCAUAGCUAUCUUCUGCUUCCUUCGUGUUCUCUCCUCCUGUCUGCCAUGUAAAGCUCCCUGCAGCAGAGGCUAAGCCCUAUACCAACCAACAUUAAGGAAUAUUUGAAACACAGGGUGCUUAGGACCAGACCCAAGCAUGUUUUGUCUCAAACAUUCUGAGUAUUGCUACAGGAAAGGUGAUCGGAGGAGAGGUUACUGUGGGACAGAGCUGUUUAAAAACGUCUCCCCAUCACUCCUUGACCUUGUUAAAAGUACACCCUUCAGCCUUCUUGUAGCCCCUUGAGGUACUGGAAAAUGUGGUAAGGUCUCCCUAGCAUCUUCUGUUUUCCAGGCUGAACAACAUCAAUGCUCUCAGCCUGUCUUCACAGGAGGAGUAUUUCAGCUCUCUGAUCAUCUUUGUGUCCCCCACCACUGGCUUUGCUCCAACAGGUCCUUAUCCCUCUUCAGCUGGAAAUCCCAGAUCUGGACAACAGUACUCCAGAUGGGUUCAGCUGUGUUUCAGGAAAUCCUGCACUCUUCCAUUGCAGACUGAGCACCCACUGGCUUCAAGCACUUGCUUUUUUUAUGUCUACUGGUGUAACUUUGAAGGUUAUUGAUUCAAACACAUGGUAAUACUAGCUCCUUUAGUCUAACUCUGGUACCUCUAUCCUAAUCACCACCUAUAGCAGUCAGCUGGAGAGGGAGUUUGUUUGUGUGUAACCAGUUUCUGUUUUGCUGAGUGAUGAUGUAUCAGUUUGUUUUACUCCCCAAAUAAAAUUUCAAUGCAAGUUUUAUCUUCAAAUUCUUCUACACUCACUACCUGGUGCUUACAUCACUUAACACUACAGAGGACAGCUUUGCCUAGGCCAGAACAAACUAAAACUCUAUUCUAAGAGGGGAGAUACUUUGUGUUUGUAUCACAUUCCAACAGUCUGUCCCAGCAUGUACUUGACUGUGCUGAAAGCUAUUGGAGUCUCUCUCUGAGGCAGGGUUUCCCUGUAUCUGCUAAUCACACAAAGGAAGGAGAUAGAAUGAAUGUUAGUUGGCUUUUAUUUUAGUCUGAAUCAAAAAUACUCCUUAAAAAAAACCCAACAUACAACCAUGGAUGGAGUAAGUUUUCACAGUCAUGAUCUGACUUGCUGUAAGACAACAAGGGUAAGUAAUAGCCCAGACAAUUGGAGAAGAGUUUGCACCUUUAUGAAUUGUGGGGUGAGGGAAGAGGUUAACAGUUCCUAUGCUUCACAUCCAGUCAGAAGGAGCAUAACUAAAUGCAUGGCCUGCAUUUAGACACUGCAGCAUGGCUUUGGUAGGCUCUUAGCCUGUAAGGCUUGUUUCCAGCAUUUACUAAGUGCUAUUCAAAUGCUACAGUCCUGACUGUAGCAAUGGAACCAAAUCCCUUGGUAUCAGGAUACUGUGCUCUGGUUGGCACUACAAGUUAAAUUUAGGAGGGCUGCAGUAGAGCUGGCAUAGCCCUCUGAGCUCACUUCUACUCACUGGGAAGUACUGGAGAGAAGAGGACGGUAUUAAUUUCUAAGGUCUGCUGGACAGUAGGUCACUGCUGGUUUCACCAGAGUUCUGACACAAACUGGCCUUCACACUGAGAGGAAGAGAUAGACAUAGAUCAAAGUCAUAGAGAAAAACCUCAGGUCUGCUGUGAACAAAAUUAGGUAUCCAGACCCAUACCAAGCUUUUAUCAAAUUCAUCUGCAAAAGUCGGGCUUAGCCCAGCAGCUCAAAGGUUUCAGAAAACAUGAUUUUUGAAAGUUUUAAAAGUGUCUAUGUUCAUUUUUGUCUAGUGUUUGUAAUGUUACACAGCAAAGCACAAUACAGAGCCACUAAUGCGAGAAAUGACAGAAAAGCCAGGAACGUGUUUUUGCCAAUAUCCUAAAG